CUACUCUUCAUCCACGGCUUCCCAUCCACCUCCUUCAACCGGUCGUGCCAAGUCGCCCCUUUCGCCCCUCUUGUCUACGGCGUCUUCGUUCCCGAUUGUGGAGGAUACUGGGGCACCUCGACGCCGAGGGCCUCCCCGACGUGGUCGCGAUUGGACACGAGUGGUGCGUCCGGUCUGGAUCUAUCCCUAUACGCGAGGCCGUGCGUUGCUGAAGCCGUCAAUCUUGUCAGGUGA